AUGGGAAUAUGUUCAUCUAAAAAAUAGAAGGAUGAUUUGGCCUUGAAGCUGAAGCACUGGCCAAGUAGUCCUGGUCGAAGGCACACUGGUAACAGUUUUAAAUAUGGAACUGAUCUUUACAUAAACUUAAAAAAUGGCUAGAUAGAGAAUUUUUAUACAUUUGGUGAUGUUCUUGGAGUUGGAGCAUUUGGACAAGUUAUGAAAGCUACUCAAAAGCAAAGUGGAUAGGUAAGGGCCUUAAAAACAUUGGCCAAAAAAAAGAUAAUCAAUGAAGAAAAGGAAAAAAUGUUUGCAGAAGUCAACAUUCUUCGUAAAUUAGAUCAUCCAAAUAUAGUUAGACUUUUUGAACUAUUUGAAGAUGCAAAAAACUAUUAUUUAAUUAUUGAAUUAAUUUAAGGAGGUUCACUUAUAUAAAAAAUACAAGCACAAAAAACAUUUUCUGAAGCGGAAGCUGCUUAUUACAUGAGAUAACUCAUAUCUGCCUUGUAAUACUGUCAUAAAGCCAAGAUAGUUCACCGUGAUCUAAAAUUAGAAAAUCUAAUGCUAAAUAUAGUAUCAGAAAAACCAGUUCUAAAGGUUAUAGACUUUGGUACAUCUCGUAAGAUUAUCCAAGAAAAAUACCUUACAUCUAAGUUAGGGACGCCUCAUUACACCGCCCCAGAAGUUUUUAAAUAACAAUACACAGAAAAGUGUGACAUUUGGUCUUGUGGAGUUAUCCUCUAUACUUUAUUAUGUGGGUAUCUCCCCUUCAAUGGUAGCGAUGCUAGACAAACACAACUAUUGAUAGAAUAUGAUAAAUGGAGUUUUGAUAAAAAUGAUUGGGCUCAAAUUUCUCCAGAAGCCAAGAAGUUUGUUAAGAAACUUAUGACAUAUAAUCCAGAUAAACGAAUAUCAGCAGAAGAAGCAUAUCUAGAUCCUUGGCUAUAGGAACAUAUAAAUAAUACAAUAGAUUCAAAAGCCCUUAAUAGUUUAUAAAAGUUUGAUUAAUCUAAUGUUAUAUAAGAAUUAAUUCAAUAAUAUAUAACUUUUUAGGUUUUAACACCUGAAGACAAGAUAAAGAUUCUAGGGAAUUUCCAAUCAUUAGAUAAGGAUGGAGAUGGUAGAAUAAAUAGAGAGGAUUUGAUCUUUGGUUUAAAAGAAUUGAAACUAGAUGAAAUUCAGAUUGAGAAAUAAAUAGAUAAAAUAAUGGAAUAAUGUGACUUUAAUAAAACUGGAUCUAUUGAGUACAACGCAUUUCUGAGCAUAAUGAUAAGAUAGGAAUUGUCAGAAAAAACAAAUAAGUUGGAACAGGCAUUUAAAUAAUUUGAUUUAGAUAACGAUGGAUUCGUCAAAAAGGAAAACCUAGAGGAUGUUUUUGGAGGAAUUAUAAUAGAUUAAACUCAUUGGGAAGAAGUGCUCAAAAAAUGUGAUUCUGAUUAAUAAGGGAUAAUUAAUAAAGAAAAUUUUGUUAGACUACUAUAAUAAUUUUGA